UCUGAAGCGUGGGCUGGAGCUGGCGGGCACGGCGGGCUCGGAGCAACCCACAAGCCGAGUGCGCCGGACAGGACCCACCGCAUCUAACUACGGCCCCUGAAUGAAGCUUCCAGGAGUCCGCUCGCGCUCCGCAGCGCCCCUCCGGAGGUGCGCAUGCUGAGGCGGGGCCCCUGCACCGCCAGCCGCCCCCGUGCGCUCACCUGCCUGCCUGCGAGCCAUGGGGCAACCCGGGAACGGCAGCGAUUUCUUGCUAGCGCCCAAUGGAAGUCACGCGCCGGACCACGACAUCUCGCAGGAAACAGACGAGGCGUGGGUGGUGGGUUUGGCCAUCGUCAUGUCUCUGAUUGUGCUGGCCAUCGUGUUUGGCAACGUUCUGGUUAUCACAGCCAUUGCCAAGUUUGAACGUCUACAGACGGUCACAAAUUACUUUAUCACCUCACUGGCGUGUGCUGACCUGGUUAUGGGUUUAGCGGUGGUGCCCUUUGGGGCGAGCCACAUUCUCAUGAAAAUGUGGACUUUUGGUAACUUCUGGUGCGAGUUUUGGACUUCCAUUGAUGUGCUGUGCGUCACGGCCAGCAUUGAGACCCUGUGCGUGAUCGCAGUGGAUCGCUAUUUCGCCAUCACCUCACCCUUCAAGUACCAAAGCCUGCUGACCAAGAAUAAGGCCCGCGUGGUCAUUCUGAUGGUGUGGAUCGUGUCGGGCCUUACCUCCUUUCUGCCCAUCCAGAUGCACUGGUACAGGGCCACCCAUCAGGAAGCCAUCAACUGCUAUGCCAAGGAGACCUGCUGUGACUUCUUCACGAACCAAGCCUAUGCCAUUGCCUCCUCCAUCGUGUCGUUCUACUUGCCCUUGGUGGUCAUGGUCUUCGUCUACUCCAGGGUCUUCCAGGUGGCCAAAAAGCAGCUGCAGAAGAUUGACAAAUCAGAGGGCCGAUUCCAUGCCCAAAACCUCAGCCAGGUGGAGCAGGAUGGGCGAAGCGGCCAGGGACAUGGACUUCGCAGGUCCUCCAAGUUCUGCUUGAAGGAACACAAAGCCCUCAAGACGUUAGGCAUCAUCAUGGGCACAUUCACCCUCUGCUGGCUGCCCUUCUUCAUCGUCAACAUCGUGCACGUGAUCCAGGACAACCUCAUCCCUAAGGAAGUUUACAUCCUCCUCAACUGGGUGGGCUAUGUCAACUCUGCUUUCAACCCCCUCAUCUACUGCCGGAGCCCAGACUUCAGGAUUGCCUUCCAGGAGCUUCUGUGCUUGCGCAGGUCUUCUUUGAAGGCCUACGGGAAUGGUUACUCCAGCAACAGCACUGGCAAAACUGAGUACACAGGGGAGCAGAGUAGCUAUCACCUGGAGCAAGAGAAAGAAAGUGAGCUGCUGUGCGAGGACCCCCCAGGCACGGAAGACUUUGUGAACUGUCAAGGUACCGUGCCUAAUGAUAGCAUUGAUCCCCCUGGCAGGAACUGUAGGACAAAUGACUCACUGCUGUAAUGCAGUUUUUCUACUUUUUAAGGACCCCUCCCCCAACAGAACACUAAACAGACUAUUUAACUUGAGUGUAACACAUUUAGAAUAAAAUUGUAUAGAGAGACGCAGAAGGAAGGCAGCCUUCUGCCUUUUUUUAAAAUUUUUUUUAACCUGUAAAAAAAAGAGAAGAUGUAUUUGAGUGAUUAUUUGUUUCUUGUACAGUUCAGUUCCUCUUUUGCAUGGAACGCCUAAGUUUAUGUCCGAAGGGCUUGAGUCCUAGAGGACCUGAGUCUGCUACGUUUUGAUGACUUCUCCGUGUAUCUACCUCAGUGGUCAAGUAUUAGGGGUAAUAUAUUGCUGCUGGUAAUUUGUAUCUGAAGGAGAUUUUUCCUUCCUGCACCCUUGGACUUGAGGAUCUUGAGUAUCCCGGACCUUUCAGCUGUGAACAUGGACUCUUCCCAGCUCCUCCUGUUUGCUCGGACCGGGUGUUGUAGGCAGGGAUUCGAGGGGGCAGCUUCACUUGUUUUCCUGAGCAAAGUCUAAAGUUUACAGUAAAUAAAUUGUUUGACCAUGACUUCAUUGCACCUGUUU